UCCAUCACCGGCGGGAGCUUUGUAUUUAGGGGCCGGUUGUUUACGCAUGUUUUUGUUUAGUGAUUUUUCGGUCGUUUAAAUCAAGUUUUACCAUCAAAAAAUGAAGAUAGCCAUAGAAGGUUGCUGCCAUGGAGAAUUGGAUAAGAUUUAUGAAACCAUAGAACAUCUUUCCAAAAAACAAGGGAUCAAAAUUGACUUGCUGCUAAUAUGUGGCGACUUUCAAGCAGUGAGGAAUACAGCAGACUUACAGUGCAUGGCAGUACCUCCAAAAUAUCAGCAGAUGAACACAUUUUAUAAAUACUAUGGUGGAAUCAAGGCCCCUAUCCCUACUGUGUUUAUAGGAGGUAACCAUGAGGCCUCCAACUACCUCCAGGAGCUGCCAUAUGGAGGAUGGGUGGCACCUAAUAUUUAUUAUAUGGGAUAUGCCAGUGUGUUGCGUUUUGGAGGUGUACGGAUAGCUGGUCUAUCAGGUAUCUACAAAUCAAGAGAUUAUGCCAGAGGUCAUUUUGAGAAACCACCAUAUACAGAAAAUACUAAGAGAUCAGCUUAUCAUGUUAGGAACGUGGAAGUGUUCAGACUAAAGCAGCUUUCCACACCAGUAGAUAUCUGUAUGUCACACGACUGGCCACGGGGUGUUUAUUACCAUGGCAACACAAACAAGUUAUUAAUGAAAAAGAAAUUCUUCAAGGAAGAGGUUGAAAAUAACACACUGGGGAGUCCACCAGCAGAGGAGCUACUCCACAAGUUGAAGCCCAAUUACUGGUUCUCUGCACACCUUCACGUCAAAUUUCCUGCAGUUGUUGAACACAAGGUUGAAGGCGAAUCAUCUAAAACCACAAAGUUCUUGGCUCUGGACAAAUGUUUGCCUGGGAGAGAUUUUUUACAGAUAUUAGAUAUUCCACAUGACCCAGAACAGCCACUAGUUCUGCAGCAUGAUGCAGAGUGGCUGGCCAUACUCAAGUCUACCAACCAUUUGACACAUAUUCACCCUACACCACAGUACAUGCCUGGGCCUGGAUGUGAUGACAGAUAUGAUUUUACAGUUACCCAAGAAGAAUUAGAUGCAUUAAAAGAGGAUUUUGGAGGUGAUUUUGCAAUACCAGAAAACUUUGAACCCACUGUCCCAGUUUAUGAUCCCAAUCAACCCAAGCAAAAAAUGCCAUCGCCACAGGUUCACAUCAACCCACAGACAACACUGCUCUGCACCAUGUUGGAUAUCACAGAUCCCAAUGCUGCUCUGUCAGGAAAGUCCAGCACGCUGGAUAUUGAUGAACUUGAGGAAGUUGAAGAGGAUGAGGAAGAUUCAUCAAUUUGUUCAGCACUGGAUACAACAACAGAAACCAGCAUCUCCUUCACAAAUCCAGAUGAGAUUGCUCUUGAUGACCUAGAGGAAGAUGACACUGAUAGUGGGAUUCCAGAUUUGUCGUCUAAUGCGGCUGAUCUGUCAGCCGAAAGUGGACAGGAUUCCCCCAAACCUCUGGCAAACUUAUCCUUUGAUUCUGACAGUGCUUCUGAGUCUACCAGGCUAUUGACCAAGAUGGCUUUGCCAGCUCCAAAAUCUUCUGAAGAUGGCAGCACAGCUGGGUCCUGCGACUCUGAUAGUGCUGCAGAAUCUUUAAAUCCAAAAACUGGCCCAAACACUGAACUCAAAAUUGGCAGCUCACCUCUGAGGUCCCUAGAUUCCAGCAAUGCAGACUCUGAUAGUUCCUCCUCACCAUCCACGCGUAGACCACUGGAUGUUGGGGAGGUUUCUCAUGCACAGGGUCCAUCAGUCAAAAAAUUUAAGCGAAGAAACCAAGCUAUGUACUCUGGUGAUGAUGAUGAAGCUAGCUAGUAGAUUUUAGAAUAUGGCUGCAUAAAGUAAUAUGCAAAAUAUUCUACAACACGUAUUACCCUUUGAUUUUAGAAUUAUUGAAUGGCAAAGAAUUCAUCAGUUACAUUGUGCCCUGUGGGCGUGAAUUGUCUUUUUUAUCAACUUUCUACUAGAAAAUUACAGCAGUGAAUAUUAUGCUGUUUUCAAAAAUAAGUUAAAAGCUCAUGAUGGUGGCAACAUUUUUGAAUCUCUUAGAAACAUGGAUUGGGCACCAAUAGAAAUGCAAUAGCCAAGAGAUGGAUGAUUUUAAUGUUUUGAAUCAUUUCUUUCUGGAGGCUGGCCUUCUGUGAAUAAUUAUGCAUAUAAAUAAUGGUCAAAGACAGCAUGUGCAUAAGAUUUUUAAUAUUUUAUUUUCUCUGUCAGGGCAGCACUGCUGAUAUGCAUUAUUUCAGUUAGUUGAAGAAUAUUUUAUCAUCUUCAUUUAUACUUUAUAGUGGAAGUCCGAAUAUGACUUCUGCUGUCUUUGCAGUGAUGUUCUGUCAUAUAUAUAUGCUACAGACAAGACUUUAUUGAGAAAUUUGUUAGUGUACUGAAGCCUACAAACACAGAAUGGAUAAUUUAGUAUUUUAUUGAGAUCAAAAGACACCCUUUGUGUCUUUAAUUUAUGUAAUUUAAAUUUGAAAGUAAAUUUAUACAUUGUUUAAUAAGAAGUUUUACAGUUAGUCAGGUAUAGAGAAAAGGACAAAGGUUGUUGCAAUAUCAUAAUUACGGUGAAUACAGGUCAUCUUAUGACAAGGAAAGUAAACAACCAAAAUAAACAUGCAUUUUUAAAUGUCAAACCUUCCUUAUAGUUAUAUUCCAACAAUAAGAAUAUUACACUUGUGUCACAAUGCCCCUUUUGAUAAUUUGGUUUUUCUAAAAAAAGUAGGAAUGUCAUCUUUACUUUUGCCUUCCUCCUUAAAGCAAGCAAUGUUUCAAUUUGAAUAUUUGUAUUGCAUAUGGUCUUUGGUAACUUGAAUAUCACAGUUAAGCUGUCAACCAAUGUUAAAAGAAAUUUGACAAUUAAAAAGUAUGCUUGCAAAAUUCAAAUAUAUCACAGCAUUUAAGCAGUACAUAAAUGGCAGCUCACGGGCCAAAAAUGACUUUUACUAGAAAGCCUUUGGCAGCGGUGAAGUGAAAGAUACCAUCCUAACAUCCACCUAAAGAAGGACAAGUAUAAUAAU